AUGCUCUUCGUCGACAAGUACCGACCAAAAGCGCUCUCAGAGCUGCACUACCAUCAAGACCUCUCCAAGCGCCUGUCAUCACUCGCAGACCAUGAAGACUUCCCACACAUUCUCAUGUACGGCCCCUCAGGAGCCGGCAAGAAGACCCGCAUAGCAUGCCUACUUCGCGAACUCUACGGUCCAGGAACAUACAAGCUCAAGAUCGACCAACGAGUCUUUGUAACACCCUCAAAUCGUAAAAUCGAUGUCAACAUCGUCUCAUCCAACUACCAUAUCGAAUUGACACCUUCAGAUGCAGGCAACUACGAUCGACUCGUCAUCCAGGACAUCUUGAAGGAGAUCGCGCAGACUCAGAAUGUCGACUUGAACGCUAAGCAUCGCUUCAAGGUGGUAGUCAUCAACGAGGCGGACUCAUUGAGUCGAGAUGCACAGAGUGCGCUGCGUAGGACGAUGGAGAAAUAUAUGGGCAACUUGAGAUUGGUGCUGUGCGCAACAAGUACGAGCAAGAUCAUCGGUCCUAUUCGAUCGCGUUGUCUGCUGUUGCGGGUGGGAGCGCCAUCUGAUGAAGAGAUCAAGACCGUCCUCUCCCACGUAGCGAAGAAAGAACGAUUCAGCAUCCCCGACACAGUCCAAAAUCAAAUCUGUGACGACUGCAGCGGCAACCUACGCAAAGCAAUACUCGUCCUCGAAGCACUCCGCAUGCAAUCUCCCGAUCUCUCCGCUGGCAUCGCCAUCGCUAAACCAGAUUGGGAGAUUUACAUCUCCAAAACCGCCGACUUGAUCCUCUCAGACCCUUCGCCACAGAAUCUUCUUGCGGUUCGAUCAAAGUUGUAUGAGCUGCUCGUACACGCGAUUCCACCAACACUCAUUUUGAAACAUUUGGUAGAUAACUUGGUCAAGAAGGUCGAUGCACAGGUCAAGGCGGCGAUUGUUCAGAAGGCGGCAUUCUACGAGUUGAGGACACGGACGGGUAGUAAGAUGAUCUUCCAUCUGGAAGCGUUUGUGGCGGCAGUGAUGCAUAUCCAGAAGAGCUUCUUGUUGGGGAUGGCUUGGGAUGAUUAG